CAAAGAUAAUCAAUAUUCGUCAUGACUGGGGGGCCUUUUUUUCCUUUAGUGUGGUAUAUACUGCCCAUAAAGAAAGCCACUUAGAAAAGAGCCUCAGCUUGAGUCUGCCAUGGUUGUGCAUUAUCUAAAUCCAUAUGGUCUAUUCAAAGGCUCCACAGCAUUUCUGCCAAGUAUGUACACCAGCAUCUUUUGGUGCAGUUCCCAAGACUAUGUGAUAGAUGUUUAGUGCCCUAACCAUUAAAUCAGCUUUUCUAAUCAGAAGUCCUGCUGCCUCCUAGCGGACUUUUGUACAGCACUGGUCACUCAUGGAACCCACUGCUAUAUUUCUUUUCCCAAGUCCCUGGGUCCACUGCUAUCCUUGGGCAACUCAGCAUGUCCUCCAUCUUCUCCUUCUCUAGAGCACCCAACUAAAUUAAAUUCCCCUCCCACACAAAAGCCUAGAUAAGACUGUAGACCAGGUGUCUUACAACUUUGAUUUGGAACUAGAAAAAACAAAAUUCAUUAAUAAUUCCAUGAGACAAAAACCCUGGAAUUUCUGGAAGACAGAAGAGCAAAGUUACCUUUUUAUUCUACUGGGGGUCUCCUUUGGCAAGUAGGAGAUAACAAUUAAUAACUUGAUAAGUUAUCCUGCCAUAAGUGUAAAUUAACUAGCACAGAAUAAAUAUUCAGUAUUGCCUUCUCUAUUUUCCAUCAGGACUCAACUUUUCUUCUUCAAAUAAGACAGUUCAUAGCUGACAUGAGAUUUAAAAAAAAGAGAGAACAGAUUCCAUCUAUUAAAGAUGGAAUGAGCCUUGUAAUCUGGAACCUUAAAAGAAAUAAAAUUUUAAUAUAACACACUAUGUACAAUUCUAAUCAUAAAUUUAUCCAUUUAAUCCUCAAAACAACCCUAUGUGGUAAGUAAUAAUAUCAUUCUCAUUUUACAGAUGAGAAAACCGAGGCACUGAAAAAUUAAGCAGUUCUGAAAUUUCACAGGUAGGAAGUGGUAGAGCUAGGAUUUGAAUGAGGCAGUUUGAUGUUAGAAUUCAUGUCCUUAACCACAAUCCCUAAAGCAUAAUUCUGACCUUGGCAAUCAAGACAAAAGGAAAUCUGAUCCCCCAGGUUUCAAUGUAAGAACUACAAGUUGUCUGGUGGAGGCAAUUUUUUGGCCCUAAAUUCAGGGAGAAGGCUGUUAGGCAUGUGGGGGAUGGGAGUUCUUUGUUCUGUGUAGUGAUGACAUCAGGAUAAACUGCCACUAGGCUGAGGAAAAUGGAAUGGCUGCUAGAGGACCUGCUUGGAGCUAAGUGGGACAAGGGGCUUCUCUGGGCCCAGCUGACCCAUGCCCUGGCCUGCAGAUACUGUGGUAGCAGCUGCCUCCAGAGUACAGGGAAUCUAGUGACACUAUUCCUGUUCAUGGUUUGGCAGAUCCGGAGAUGGUGGCAGCUUGGGAGUUGGAAACAUCUUCAGCCCUGGUACUCUGGGGACAGGAUGCAAGACAAGGGCCUACUACCACUUCUAUACCAUGUGCCUUUCCUUGAUCGUCUAUGGAAGCAGAAGUCAGAGGAAGAAGAAGAGGAGGAAGAGGAGGAAGAGGAGGAAGAGGAGGCAUCUCUCGAUCCAUGUUCUCCUCCCAAAGAGGAUCCUAUUAGAGAACAAGCCACAGCAGCCCCAUCCCAGCCAUCCUGUGAUUCUAAGAGCCUCCACGAGGCCAUAGGGACCCCAGAGCUAGUACUCAUGCAGGCCCCAAGCCCUUCCAGAUCCUUCCCCACCUUUCAGAUCCUGACCAACCUGCCUGUGAGGCACAAGACAGCUUCAGGGAGCCAUCUAGAGCAGAGAGAAAGCCAGCUCUUCUGGGGUCUCCCUUCUCUGCACAGUGAGUCCUUGGAGGCCAUCUUCCUGAGCUCAAGCAGUCGCUCUCCCCUGAAGUUGCCUGUUAGUCCUGUCUACUUCAACAAGCUUGCCUUCCUGCCUAGGUUCAACCUGCUGCUUCCCCAGUAUUGGUCCCCAACUCAGCUUCCUACCCAUGAAGUCCAUACUACAGGUGAUCUGGAAAAGAUAGCCCCCAAUCCUCAGCAACUUCCCCCUCUACCUUCCCUUUCUGUUCCAUCACUACCCAUCCAUGGUAUGACCUUUCUCACAGACCACAAGGGAGUCCUAUCUGGUGCUGAGGCACAUAUGCAGUGGCUUAUGCAGCAGAGAGAGGUCCCUUGGGUCUCUGAGGAUCAAGACCUGUACCCACAUCCUGAACUCCAAAGAACUAGAUGCUCCAAGUUCUGGUGGGGGGUGCCAUGGGAUCCCAGCCUCCAACACCACAUUCCAGAUUCCCUCUCUGACUCUCUGCUGUAUCCUUCUAGCCUUCUGGGAGUCCUGACUAGGUUUGAGGCCCCAUGGAGAACCAUGAGGCAGAAUGAGGACCCAAAAGCCCCCGAGCCGGCAAUGCCAGUUCCCAGCCCAACUCUGGCCUCUUUGUCAGAACUCCAGGGACUUAGUUCUAUACGAGGCUUUUAUGGAUCUAAAGACCUCUGGGAAACCACAAGGCAAAGAGAGAAUCCUGAGAUCUCUGAGCCUCCAAUCCUGGUCCCUUGCCAAUCUGUAGCCCCUAUGACAGAGACUCAAGGAACUAGCCCCCUGGGAGCUCCACUUGGAUGUGAGACUCAGUGGAGAACCACAGGACAGAAAGAGAAUCCUCAAGCCUCUGUGCCCCCAAUGCCAGCCCAAUGCCAACCUCCAGAUUCUCUAUUAGAACCCAAAAAAGUCAGUCCUGAAGGAGGACAUUCUGCACCUAAGGACAUCUGGGGAACCAUGGGGCACAGAGAGAACCCUCAGAUCUCUGGGUCUCCAAUGCCAGCUCCUUGCCCUCCUCCAGACCCCCUACGAGAAAUCCAGGGAGGCAGUUCCCUGGGAGAUCUAUCUGGAUACAAGCCCUACUGGGGACACAGAGAAAAUUCAGGAAACCCUCCAGCCCUCGAGCCCCCCACCCUGGACCUCAAACCAGGGCUCUAUGGAACCAGUUCUGCAUGUGUCCCAUCAGGAUCUGAGACUCUAUGGAAGGGCAUGCAGAGUAGAGAAAAUUUUGGGGUCUCUGCAGACCCAGUUUCAUCUCCUAGCCUUCCCUCAGCCUCUCUGCUGGAGUCCCUGGGAAUGGGCCCCCAGGAAGUCCUGUCUGACUCCAAGGCUUUGUGGGAGACCAUGGGGCAGAAAGAGAACCUCUGGAUCUCUGAGUAUCUAGGCCCUGAUUACAGCCGAUCUCUAGCUCCUGUUCUAGAACCCCAAAGAAACAAUCCCGUUGGAAGACUCACUAGAUCAGAAGCUGCAUGGAAGGACAUUGAACAUUACAGCAAUUCCUGGGCUUCUAAGACCCCAUCUCUGGCCCUUGGCCCACAGCCAGCUAUUGUACUGGAGCCCCUUGGAGUUAGCCCUAUGGAGGUCUUGUCUGAUUCUGAGGCUAGCUGUGGGGAUAUACAAAGGAGAAAGAACUCCUGGGCCUUUGAGUGCCCACCUCGAAGCUUACCCCAAGACCCAUACGAAGCUAGCCCCUUGGGAAUAAUGUCUGACUCUGAGCCUGAUACAGGAAACACAGAGCAGAAAGAAAUCUGUUGUGCUCCCUGGUCCCCAUUCUGGGGCCCCAGCCCACCCCUGAACUCUAUAUCAGAGUCUCACAUAAGUGAGUCUAUUGAAGACCAAAGCAACUGUAAGCCUGAGAGGGGAGCAGUGGAGCAGAGAAGGAAAUGCUGGGCCACUGAACUGCCAGCCCCAACCUUCAGCUCACUCUAUGCUCCUCUACCAGAUCCACACACUGACCUUGAAUUAGUAUGGCGAAAUGUGCAACAAAGGGAGAUCUCACAGGGCCUCAGCCCUCCAGCAGUAGAUCCCCUGCAGCCAAUACCCUGGCCUCCCACCCUACCUGAAGCUCUGAAGACUGAACCCAACCAGACUGGCGUAACCAAGGGAGGGCUGUUCCCAGGAGGUAAGGAGGAGACUCCGCCCUCCCAGAGAGAAACUGUCUCAGAGGUGCCCAUCCUCCCUGAGAUCCGGGCCUGGCACUGGAGUAGAGAAUUGGAACUUAGGCUGAAGAAACUGCAGCAGAGCCCUGCUUCUAGAUCCCCUGGCCCAAGUCAAUCAUUUGGCAGCUCCCCUGCUCUGAGCUCCAAAACUCCAAGCACCUGGAGACUCUCUUCCUGCCCCCCACAGCAGAUCCAUCCCCCCAAACCGUGUCCCUACUCUUCAAGCUGUCAUCCCCUAAAAGUUGAGAGCACAGUAUCUCCAUCUGUCCAGAUCUCCCACUGUUGUCACUCCCACUCUUCUUCCCAUCCUCAGCCACAAUGGUCUGGCAGGGAAGAACAAGAGUCUCAGAGAGAGGAAAGAAUGCAGGCGAAGAUGGUGGCCCAGGUCUCACCCCAGGGACCACAUGUUCACAAGGAGGCUGGUAAGAACUUUCCAGCCCUGGAAGAGCCCUCAAACUCUGAGGUUCCAGUCUUAGGUAACACACAAGACAAGGCUUCAGCCCUAUCUUCAGUGAAAAAGAGAGAAAGCCCCAGGAAACCCAAAGUAGGAGACCAUAGAUUGGGAUCAUCCACAGUUACAAUGAAGAGCCGCCCAGGCCAGGCUGAAAGACUAGCAUGCAGACUUUCCCAAGGAUUUCAGCACAGAAACCAGAGCUCUCUACAGACUGCUCUCCCUCAGCAGCUUCACUCCAAGGUUGCAAGUCCCCAAGAUAAGCGAGAAGCUGGGCUGGGAGCUGGUGAUAUCCCGACCCCUCAGCAUUGUAAGCACUGCCCUUGGGCCCAUACAGAGAAGCAUCUCUCUUCCCCCACACCUCAGACUCCCCUUAGCAGGAGUCUCCAAAGGAUGUUAGCCAAGUUUCUGGGUACCCAUGGAGCCCUACCCACCAAAUCCAGUCAGCAGAGGAAACGCUGUUAGUACUGGCACCUAGUACCCCAAGACCUGAAGCCAAACCAGUUAGGGCUGGAGAGACAAGCAGAGGAAAUCCUAAUAAACAAGCUGAACUAGAUAAAUCCUAUUCAUGUCUUCUUUGGAGUCUGGGUUACUGAGAAUGUCAGUUCCUUAUUAAAUUCUGCAGCUCAGCAGCUAUAUUCCCUCAGGAUCAGGUCCCUGAAGUAAAGAGCUCAGGAUUCUGCAGGCUUAACUUUUUCAAGCCCUUCACAAAUAAUCGAUCUGGAGUCUACACGACCCUACUCUACAGGGUAAGGCUGGAAGGCCAGGGGAGCACAAUCCAGGGCUGCCCUUAAGAUACACUUCACAGAAAGUGAAAAGAAUACAUCCAUUCACAUGAGCACAACUGAUGUGGGUCUAGGCAGCUAUUUUUGGUCCUGGGUAUGGUCGGUCCCCUUCUUUACCCACUUGAACCACAAGUUCUCCACCUAUCUUUCCAACCAUUUCUUUUCAGCCCUCUGCUCUUUUCUCUUCCUGGGUCAGCUCAACCAUCCCCAGGGCCACAAAAACAAGUGAAUUUCAUGUUUAGUGGCCAUCUGAAUUUCUUUUAAUUGCCUGUCUAUAUCCUUUACCCAUUUUUCUACUGCACUGUUAUGGAUAUUGUAUUAGUUUUCUGCUGCUGCCAUAACAAACUACCACAAAGCAACACAAAUUUGUCAGAAAAAUAGACUGGGCUGCAUUCUUUUCUGUAGGCACCGGGUAGGAUUCAUUCCUUGACUUUCCUGUCUUCUAGAGGCUGCCCACAUUCCUUGGUUACUGGCCCUAUUUACCUUCAUAGCUAGCAAAGGCAGGUUUUUCUCACAUCACAUCACUCUGCUUUUGCUUACCUCUUCCACUUUUAAAGAUACUUGUUAAUUACAUUGGGCCCAAUUGGAUAACCCAAGAUACUUUAUCAGUCUUAAAGUCAGUUGGUUAGCAACCUUAAUUCCCUUUUCUAUGUAAUGUAUUGACAGGUUCCAGGGAUUAGGAUGCAGACAUCUUGGGGCAUUAUCCUGCCUACCACAGAUAACUAACUCAACCUAUUAUAUGUCACAGACAUUUCCUCCCAAUCUGCAGCUUAUUUUCUUAUUUUAUUUAAGGUGACUUUUACUACACCAAAGUUUACGAUUUUUAUGUAAUUAAAUCUUUUAAUUGCAUUUUCAUGUAUUUAAAUCUUUUAAUUACAUUUUUAUGUAAUUAAAUCUUUUUCCUUUAUGACUUUUACAACAUUUUCUGACACUUUUAUAGUUUUAUAUAUUUACAUUUAGACUGUUAACCUAAUUUUUUAAUAUGGUAGGAAGUGAGACUCUAACUACCCACUAAAAACAGAUAUCCAAUUUUACCAGUACCAUUGAAAAAUACAGAAUGUCUUCAACCCAUUCCAUUAUGUGCCAUUUUUCAAAAUGGGUCUUUUUAAAGCAUCUCUAGAUUUCAUAUCCAUAUAUCCAACAGCCUACUAGACGUCUUGUAUUCAACUUGUCCAAAACCUACUCAUUUACCCUCUAAUCUCCAAUGUGCCCACUCCUAUUGAAGGAUACCACAUCCACCCCAAUACCAAAGCCAGAAGCCUGUCAUCCCUGACUCCUCCUCCUUCUUACUCCGCAACCUAACCCAUCAUCAAACAUUGUCAAUUAUACCUAUAAAACAUAUUUCAAAUCCAUCUUCACCUCUCCAUCUCCGCUAUCACAGUUCAAUCACCAUCUCUCACCAGUUGGUAGCCCUAUUCCUUCUAAUCCAUUUUCCACAUGGCUACAACUCUCUGGUGGUCAACUGACCCAAUAUCUUGAACAAGUAUCAUAAAAGUUUGAAUACAAUAAUUAAAAUUUUUUAAAAUUACAUAAAAACAUGGAGGAAAAAACUACUAAAUAUUAUUCUAGGUACAAAAAUAGAAGUUUGAGUAAAGGAACAUAACCUUUACUCAAAGCAACCUGUGGUCCUAGACUGGCUAUUGGUGUGGUGAAAAAACUUGUGAAUGACAUAUUUGGCUCACUUGGGAAACUACAGAGUAUAGAAUGAGGUUUAGAUUAAAUGAAAGUUUACUGAAAGCAAAAUGUAGAGAUUGAUGUUAAAAAGUUAUAAAGCAGGAUGAGCUCAUUUUGAUUUAAAAAUACUACAUGUAUAGACACAUACAUUUACACACAUGCACAGAAAAAGACUCAAAGAUAUGAACUAAAGUUAUUUAGCUGAGCUCUGGUUAAAUGGGAAUAUUAAAUUUUUAAAAUUUUUCUUCUAUUUUUUAAAAUUUUGGCUUCUAUAAAAGGUUAUUUAAAAAAUGAACUGUCUAUGUACAAUGCACAUGUGAUUGACAGUAUUAUACUGCACACUUGGUAAUUGUUAUAAAAUUUUGUGGGUUUUUUGCCACAACUUAAAAAAGGAAAAAGGUGAAUUCUCUAAUAUUGAAGUCUGACUCUGACUCACUUCCCUACCUUAAGUUCUUUAGGUUAAAGUUCAUUCCUGAUAUGAGAUUCUUCACAUAUGGUUUCUAACCUCUCUGAAUUCACUCCAGGACUCUCUUGCUAGUCAACCUAGUGCUUCUUAAAUGUGCUCUGCAUUUUCUGACCUCUGUACCUUUUACUUGAACUGCUUACCUGCACUUAUGUCAAGUAUCCUACCCUCCUUUAAUGCCCAGUUCAGACUAUCUCCAGAGCAUUAACUCAUUCUCUUAGCCUCAACGCAUCCCUGGAUAGCUUUAUGAAAAAUCCAAGUCCUAUAUUCCUAAAUCUUCUUAAGCCCUCAGUAGGUCAUAGGACCGGACAAGAGUAACAAACCAUUUACCAUUUGUCACAGUUCAGCCAAAUUAAUGAUUGGCAGACCAGUGUUCCUCAUGGGCAUUAUGUGACCACUAGACUCUCAUGGCAACUUAUAGGAUCAGUAUCUUGGAUCCAAAUAUAUCUCGAGACAUUAGGCUUAUAGUUCCAUCUUUGUUUUUGCCUCUGUGGCAUACUGUUGGUCCUCUAUAAUCUAUAUAUCUUAUUCUUGGUUAGAAAACCUUCUAUUAAUCAUAGCAGAUGUUUGUAGAUUAUCUUGUGGGAAGAAGUGAUUAGCUACAGCUAAGAUCACAUUCCAAUUUCUUUCUAGUUUAAGUAUGCAGGCUUCUGCAGGUGUAAGGUGACAAUAAACAGUCCCUCACUGCUUUCUACAGUUUACAAAGCACUGUCAAUCAUUUUAUCAGAUUAAGACUCCAGACUCCUAAAGAGCCAAGUACCUCAUUCAAGCUUACAAUGCUAUAAGCACAAGUGCCAGAAUUAGAACCAGGCCUCUCACUACAUCUACUCUUCGUUUUUCCUACAGAAUCUAGAGCUCUAUCUUCCCUAUAGACACAUUGUGUGGCAAGUGAAAACAAAGGAAUCAUUCCAACACAUUUCUAUCACUCAUCAACCAGUAUCACUACAUAUUUUGUAGGAAAAUACCACUUGCCUUCUGUUACGCUCUCAUAGUCUGAUGCAGAGGUACUAAACGUCUUUCUCCAAAAGACCUUACCUUUGGCCCUCACUGAGGUUAGGCUGUCAACCCAUAGGGAUGAGACAGUGACAAUGUUCAUAGUGGGAAGACUGAAGGCUAAGCCAUCAGGAUACCUAAAUGGUGGGAAAACCAAGGAGAACCAAAGACAGAAUCUGGAGAAAAUGCCACAGGAAACAAGGGACAGCCUAUUCAAAUUCCCAAAAUGCAAAAAUAACUAUUUCAAAACACAUGAGUUCUAGAUGCCCAUUUAAACAGAGCAGCCAACAUAAUUAUCUUGUGUCCUUGUAGAUUAUCUAUGUAGACAAGAUCAGAGCCUGGUAUAAGUACUAGGAUAAACAAUACAAGUUUUACAGUGGAUUGUUUUCUCUGCACCAUACUGUUCUUUGGGUAAGGAAGGCAUCAUGGUACUAACCCCAGAAGCCCUAAGUGAUAAUGAUGGUACCUUUUGAAGAAGAGGAUACUCUAUACCUCAACAAAACUAUGCAAGCAAUCAUCUGAAAAACUGCA